CACAAACUUCCCUCUCCAUCUCAACACUUCGCCUGGUCGACAGACUGGACGCACCACCUCACGCUCCGGGAAUGGGAUCUUUACUGGGUUCAAAGAAAAACUUCCAGUUCUUUCGAGUUUACGCUCUGCAGAAGCUACUUUUCAAACUGCAGGGAUAGUUGUUACUGCAAGGUGCAGGGUGACAGCAACAAAGGGCCACUGGCCAAUGAUCUCCAAGACGCACCAGAAGUUGUCUCUGAUUGUCAAGGAGUUUGAGACAGCUAGAAAUCAGCACAGCAUCGUAAAGUGGUCUCUGCUCCGUUUGAUUAGUUUCAGAUAUAACUGCAGUUUUAUAUCAAAGUUACUUCAGCCGAGGCGUGCGUAAAAUAAUUGUGCGUAAAUUUGGAGCUAUUGCGCACGGUUCACGGUUAGUUCUAGUGGGGAAGCAUCUUCAAGAGAUUUGUUAAAUAUUACAUCUGUGUGAAGUGUUAAUACUGUGACAGCCAUGGCAAAAUGGUUCAGAGAUUUUCCCAUCAACCUGAAGAACGGAAAUGAAAGGGUCCGUUCGGCCUCUGAAUCUGGUCCACAAACUCGACCCAAACCCUCGUUCUCUCGAGACAGUUUGAAAGGAAAUCAACGUAAGGACGGAGGAGUGGGGGGUUUGUUGGCAGGGAGAAACAGAAAAAAUUCAGCCAUAGAAUUGGGUCGUAAUAACGGUGGUUCUGGUGGGACGGUCUGGGACAGUCUCACUAAUGGCAAAGGUCGCAAGAACUCCAAGAUCGAGACUGGGGCGCCAGACGAGAACCGCCAGGUCAGGACCUCUAGUCUGGCGCAAGCGUACAUCAGCAGGAUGAUCAAAGUGGACAAACAAGACAAGACCCCAAAACUUAACGGGAUAAGUGAACAGAAGCUGCCUGACAACGAGAAAGGAAGGUCUGACAUCAAGACAACGCUGAUUAUCCUGGAGGAUUAUGCCGAUCCUUUUGAUGCAGAGAAAACCAAGGAGCAGAGAGAGGCUGAGAGAGCAGGAAUGAAUGAUGGGUACAUGGAGCCCUAUGACGCCCAGGUCAUCAUCACAGAGGUUCGUAGACGGGGCUCCAAAGACCUUCUGAAAGUGUGUGUUCUCCUGGACCGAGGCCAUGGACAGGGGAAGGGAGAGGAGGGCAAACCCAUGCCUCCAAAUAUUUAUGACACACCAUAUGAGGGCGGACUGGAGGGCGAUAGUGAGGGGGUGUGGAUUCCUGUCACUCGGCCCGAGUCUGACGUCCGUCCCGCUGGAGAGUACGAACUGCCCUGGGAGUGGAGAAAGGAGGACAUUGUUAGAGCGCUGUCAGCUCAGUUUGAGUCAGUGGAUUGUUCCCCCAGUAAAGAGAAUGGUUCAACCUCCAGCCGCCAGCAGCAGCAGCAGCAGCAGCAGCAGCAGCAACCCACCCUGAGACAGAAGAACUGGAACCACAAAACUCUCAUCCCCUCCUCUCCAUCCUCCUCCUCCUCUCCCUCUUUUCCCUCCUCUCCUAUUCUCAAACUCUCCCCUCUCACACCCCCGUCUCCCUCUUUCCCCACCCUCAAACUCUCGCCCCUCUCACCCUCCUCCAGCCCUAACAAACUUUCCCCUCCGUCCCCUACCUCCCCUGUUGCCCCACUGGAUGGGGAUGCGGCCAAAGUGGACCCAAGUCUGCCCCUGGAGAAGCAGAGCUGGUACCAUGGCAGUGUGAGUCGGCAGCAGGCUGAGGCUCAGCUGCAGCGCUGCAGGGAAGCCAGCUUCCUGGUGAGAGACAGCGAAUCAGGAACCAGCAAGUACUCCAUCGCUCUAAAGACAAGUCAGAGUUGUGUCCAUAUCAUUGUGGCACAGACUAAGAGCAGCAAGGGCUUGGGCUACACACUGGAUCAGAGUAGCUGUGUCUUCUCCAACAUCCCUGAGCUGGUCCACCACUAUUGCACACACAGACUGCCCUUCACUGGAGCUGAGCACAUGACCCUGCAGCAUCCUGUGCCCAGGCCGCACUGAACAUGCAUAAAAGGACAAACUCACUGGGACACAGGCUCACAUGUGCACACACAAGCAGAGCCAUGUAUGACACAUUUAUGCACAAAUGCGCACAGACGCACACGUAAACUUGUUACUUGUUACAUACUCCAAGAUAUGCUGCAUUGGAUUGCCCUGUGUACCACAGUAAUAGGUUCGUUUGUAGCUCUUCCAAGCGCUACCUAGUGGUCAAAAUUUGACACUGCAAUAACCAUUGAUCACAUUGUUUUAGUGCUGAUUGUUUCCAGUAUAAAAUCAACAAAACACACACACACACACACACACACACACACACACACACACACACACAAGAAACCCUGAAUGUAGUUAUACUUAUAGGAAAAACCAUCUCUUCUUCCAUAGCCAGGUGUACUGGCGCUGUCGUUUUGCCCACUGAAUCUACAGACCCACUCUCUACCAUGCAAACCUCAUUGAUUUGUGUAAUACCUUCAACAAUGCACAUGAAGCACCGCACUUACUGUAGCCAAUAUGAUAUUUGAAGUAAGUGGAAAGGCUUAUAAUCUCCUCAUGAGAUGGGCUGCUCUUACACAGGGGUGCUGACAUCAUCAAUUGGCACCAUUCCAUCUGGGUAGGUCUUGGUCAGUAGGAUCAAUACACCUGAUUGGAGUAUAUUCAUUCAUCCAUCUGACACGUCAAUCAGCUUAUUGAUCUAUCCUGAAAAUCAGGUGGACUUACCAACCAAUCUGUCUGUCAAGAGAAAGAGCUUUAUUGAUUAGAUGAUUAGAGCUAGUGUAGAGGGAGGGGUCUCAUAAUGUUACAGUAUCCAGUCAGCAAAAUUGUUUGAGCAUGUGUCAGUGUACAAAUAAAUACAUGAAUAUCUGGCCCAUGUACGUGCCUUUACUGUACUCUAAAUAUGAGGAAUUUAUGAUUAAAAAAAUAUCUUAUUGUGAAAGAACUCAAAAAUGUACCUACUGUAUGCAUAAAUGAUGUAUGUCUGAGGUGAUUGUUGGAUAUUGUCAGAUUUUUUACAUCAACCACACACUGAUGUGGGCUGUAUAUUGUUGUUGUAAAACAUUUAUUCAGUAAAUAAAACAAAAUUCAUAUUAA